AGUGUAACUGUAUUGUAGUAAAAUGUAAAGAAUAUGAAUUCAGUUAUAAUCCGCCAGACUGAUCCGAACAGCGUGUUUGACUCAUGAAUCAGUUCAGCUGGUAUAAGCGAGAAGAACUGAUCGUAAAGAAUCGAUUCGUUCCCGAGUCGGACAUCGCUGCAGCACGCGGAGGGACUCGGUUUUGCAGGGUGUGUGUGAUGGAGGGGGAAUCAGAGGUGGUGACCCCAGUGACCCCUGCACUGCGCAGGCCAGAGGAUAAUGAGGGGACCAGAACCCGCAAAAAGAAAAAGAAGAAAAAGGAAAUAAUCUACCGUUCUGAAGCGGAGGAUCAGGAGGAGGGAGAAGGGUCAGAGGGCGCCGGUGAAGGGGACAGGUCAGAAGUCGUGGAUGGUGGGUCCGGUACUCCUCCGGAGGAAGGAGAGUUGGACGGAGCGACGGACGGACGGUUUUUGACGCUGGCUGGGACGAUCACUCGGGGGAAGCGGAAGGGUGAGAUGGUGGAAAUUCGUCUGACCCUGACGGAGCGAGAGCUGAGGGACAUGGCUCGUUCUAAAGAGCGCCUGGACGCAGAGUUCGAUGAGCCGGGGCCCAGAAAUGCCGUGUGCCAGCUGGAAGCGGGACGUGGUCCACAUGUGCUGCUCUGGACCCUGUCCUGCUCACCAUUUGUCUUCCUUGUGGCCUUCGUCACUUCGUUCUACUAUGGCACCCUGACCUGGUACAACAUCUUCCUUGUUUACAACGAGGAGCGCAGUUUCAUGCACAAGGUGCUAGUGUGCCCUCUGCUGGUUCUGUGCUACCCGCUGCUGAUGGUGCUGCUGUGCGUGGGUGUGGCAGCAUACGCAGCAGCCACUCAGCUGUCCUGGAGCAUUGCUGCAUGGUGGCAAGCUGUGGCUGACUUGGAGAAGGGUGUGUGUGGCUGGGCUUGUGGGAAACUAGGGCUGGAGGACUGCGCCCCCUACAGUGUGGUGGAGUUGCUGGACUCAGACACACUGUCUGGAACACUGCAGAGCAGACGAGAAGAGACAUCGUCUGUGUGAAAAUUUCUGGGAGGUGCUUUACCCACAGUGCCCCUCUCAACUCUUGAUUCUUUGUGCUCCUGUUUUCUCUUAAGGUGCUAAAAACGUCAUUUUUAAUGAUGUUGCUGAAAUUUUACGUACGUGUUUGUUGGUUUGUUGCUUGUUUAUUGGUUUGUUGUAUGCAGACUCUCAAGCUCCUGUAGCUCUUCAGGACAUCGCUGGUCAGCGCUAGGCAGUGCAAUUCAGAAUCUUGUGUAAUGUUUAAAUUAGGGAUCUACAGAAAUGAACAUGUUUGGACAAAAACAAUGCCUUUCAAAAAAAAAAUCGUAAUUUUGCCACUUUUUCAUAAUUUAUUAAAUGACAUAGUCAAAAUGUAUUUAUUAAUAUUUAUUGAAUCAUUUUAAAAAAUCCCCAGCACACAAAUUAACAAAGCACAAUACAUUAAACAUAGCAGUGCUAUUCUAAUCAAUAAUUAACUCCAGCAGUGCUCCUCUAUUUACACACUUUAGUCAUAUACAUACCUCAAAAGUGUUAUUUUUAAAAGAUAUGUACCUCAGCAGUGCUAAACAAGUCAAAUGUCAUUGAAAUUUAUACAGAGAAAAUCAGCCAGAUUUGUUUGGUAAACAAACAAAUGCUAAGACUAAGGUACCUCAGCUAGUGUUACUAUCCUUGCACUGUUGAGCAGUGAAGUGGUCUUUACCAGUAUGUAAAAAGGUAGGAAACAGAUGCCAAGUGUGAGAAGUGAUGCUGAAUACUUAUUUCUUUUAAUUACAGUGUUAGAGUGUGGGCCUGCCACUGCUACUGAAAACAUAUAACUUAAAAUAAAUAUGAAAACAUAGUCAUUAUUUGGUAUAAACUCAUUUAAUAAUUUUGGUUGUCGAAUAUUCGGUGCAUCCCUAGUUUAAGGAACUCUGCUGAAGGUGCGAAGGGGGUUCAGGUUGGUUGUUUGAACUAGUAUUGUUUGAUCUAGUAUUUCUGGUGCUUUUUUCUGGUGCUUUUCUUCUGCAGUGUAACUCUGGGUGUUUUGAAGAAGAAAUCGACUCACUGUUAGAAAUAAAAACAGAAACAGUGUGUCUGUGUAUAUCGGUAUGUAAAACUGACUGAUUUAGUUUGAAGUCCUUUCAGUGCAGUUUAAGUGCUUUUUAAGUUUUUGAUGUCAUUUUUAAAGCUGUUUUUUAUGAUUGAUUCAGUGAACAAUAUUGUGCAGAUUUUCAGAUCUGACUGUUAUUUAUAAUGUUAGAAUUUAGAAUGUUUGAAUGUAAAUACAACUAGAUUUCAGUUUUUAUUAUUUUAUUUAAGGAGGAUUCAACUCCUGUGUCCAAAUGUCCCUGUACACACUAAAAAAAAACAACUCAAUCUGCUGCUUCCUGAGGAAUGGCACUGGUUGAAGAGUCUCCUAUUGAAGCCAGCAGGCUGAGGGAUGGCUGAAUGUGACUGUACUCAUUUUGAUGUGUAACACACACAUCGGCAAUAGCACAAAUGUGAAACGAUGCCACUGCACUUCAACACGUCACCAUUAUCUGUUACUCUUUUUCUAAUGUUUUUGCAGGUGUGAGUAGCUCGUCCUUUUUUGUGCAUUGUGGGAUAACAGCCAUCCUAACUCCACCCAGAAAAUGGGCCGGUUUUAAGUAUGUACUUUAUCUUGAAUAUUUAGAUAUACUUAACUUUGACACUCAUGUAUACUACAUACUUCAACUCUAAAAACUAUUAAGUAUUAGUACGCAAUUAAAAUGCAGCCUUAGACUAACCUAGAGUCCGCUUUCAUCACAAGUGACAGUCAAUUAACAGCCAGUUUAGCUACUUUGUUCUCGUCUAAUGAAUGUGUUCUGAAUGUUCUUUUUGUGUUCUGUAUUGGAUUCAGUGUUCUGUGUGUUCCGCUGAUGGUGUUUAUGAACUUGAGCAUAACAGGAACUAAUUCAAAUUCAGUCCCUUUAAUAACAUUCUAAUAAAACACAAAUAUACCAGAGUCUCGACAGCCAGGAGGAACAUGUUCUGCCUUCUUAAUCGCUCAGAACUCUUAUUUUUGGGUUUCUUCGAAAACAACACAAACUGAUGGUCCAGAGGAACAGUGUAGAUUGAAGAGUAUUCCUUUGAAGCUGGCAGGCUGAGGAAUGGCUGAAUAUGACUGUACUUCUCCCCAUGAUUGAGAUCACCCUGCUCCAACUCACCCUUAUAUAAUCUUCUAGCAUUCAGCACCCAGCUUGUAAUACUCUGCCUAAAGUUGCUGAGGAACAAAUACGAAAUUGUAACUUUUCAGUGGAGUAAAAAAAAAAACUUGCAAUAACAAUGAAAAAUAAGGCUUUUAUUGCUUCUGGUUGCUUGUAAAGCGAUUUUAACUGGAUGAACUUUCACACAUGAAUUAACACCCAGUGUUGCUACCUAAAGGUGUUAGCACCCUGUGUGUAUGUAUAUUUGUGUGUGUAGUCCUGAUGCCAAUUAAUAUUCUUAUUAAUAGACAUAAAAACAACACACUUUUCAAUAAAGAUCUAAACACUCUGAAAUACUGUUUCAGAACAUUCUGGAAUUCUGCACAGUGCUACUUAGAGGCCCUGUGGUUUAGGAAACUGCUAGUCUGAUGCUAACAUAACAUUCCUGAGGGGAGAGUGUAGAGGGAAAUAAUAAACAUAAAUAUAAAACUGU